AUGAGUCUGUAUUUCUGCCUGCGCUCAUGGCGAGUUCUGUCCUCGCCCGUUUGCCUCGGCUGCUUGAUAUUAGAUGAUAUUCCUUAUUGUUUGUUGCGACUCUUCGGUGAAGUAAUAUUUGCUCAUCAGUCAAUCUGGCUCGUCUCGGCAUCGGCGUCGAAAAAUCAAUGCCCAGUUCGCAAGCGGCAGGCUCAAGCCGACGUGCGGUUUGAGAAAGUGAGGGUUCCUUCUGCAAUGCAAACGGGCUCUGGUAAGACUACCCGCCGUGCCACAAACAAUGCUAGAAUACAGGCUUUUGUUACGAUCCCCCAGACUCGGAAACUCAAGAUUAAGUUUGUGUCACUGCGUUAG